AUGAAAUCGAGGCUGGUCUCCUGUUUCAUCACAUUUUGCUUCCUUACGCUUACACAAGCCAUAUGGCUCGACACAAAUAAUGACACAACAAUUAGAGAAGAUUGCGCUUUGAUCGCAGAUGGUAUAUUAGAUUAUUACGAUGGCUACAACUAUGGUGGAACCAUUGGUGAGUUUGUUGCGCCAUAUUAUUGGUGGGAAGCUGGUGGAGCUUGGGGUUCGCUCAUCGACUACACUUUUUUCUUUGAAAAUGACACUUAUGUCCCUUUGAUUAAGCAAGCGUUGCUUUAUCAAGUCGGCGACGAUAACAACUAUAUCCCAUUAAACCAGAGUACUACUGAAGGUAAUGAUGACCAAGGCUUUUGGGGAAUCGCAGUUAUGGGUGCAGCAGAAAGAAAUUUUAGUAAUCCAGACAGUGAUGAAAUUAGUUGGUUAGGCUUGGCACAAGCUGUUUUCAACACAAUGACUGCUAGAUGGGACUCUGCAGAUUGUAAUGGAGGCUUGAGAUGGCAGAUUUUCCAAUGGAAUUCCGGAUAUGACUACAAGAAUUCGGUUUCCAAUGGGUGCUUGUUCCAUUUGGCAGCUAGGUUGGCCAGGUUUACUGGUAAUGACUCAUAUGUUGAGUGGGCGGAACGUGUUUGGAAUUGGAUGUAUGGUGCUGGUUUGCUCACUGAAGGCAAUGAGUGGUUUGUUUAUGAUGGUGUUAAGAUUGCAAACAAUUGUUCCAACAUUACUAAAUACCAAUGGACUUAUAAUCAAGGACUCAUGCUUGCGGGCUGUGCAUAUCUUUACAACUACACCGAAGAAGAAAAAUGGCUCAACUACACCAAAAAUUUAUUACACAGUUCCCGGGUGUUUUUUAUGAACAAAACGGGUAGUAUGGUUAUGUACGAGGCAGCAUGCCAACCGGGAUAUACAUGUAACAAUGAUCAAAGAUCAUUUAAAGCAUAUUUCUCGAGAUUUUUGGGCUUGACGUCAGUGUUGGUACCCGAAACAGAGCCCACUAUCAAUAAAUGGUUAGUCGACUCUGCCAAUGGAGCUGCAGGCUCUUGUUCGGGAGGAUCCGAUGGACACACAUGUGGUCUUUCUUGGACAAACUGGACUGUCGGUUGGGAUGGAUUGUAUGGAUUGGGCGAACAAAUGUCUGCGUUGGAAGUUAUGCAAAACCUCAUGUCAACAAAGAGACCCGCACCUUAUACUGCAAACGACGGUGGUUCUUCAAAAUCUCAUCCAGCGAGCGGAUACGGUACUACAAAGGCUAACGCACAACCUUUGAGCUUGGAUGGUGGAGACAAGGCAGGUGCUGGUAUCAUCACUGCGGUCAUUGGUAUCUCCAUCAUCGGCUGUGGAGUGUGGCUUAUUCUUUAG